GUACAUGCCAUCCAUUUUCGCCCACAAAGGAACACAUCAGCCAACACAAGCUAUCCCACUUCAUAUCACACACGUACACAGUAAUCACAAUCACAAGCCAAAAGAAGAACAGAGAAUGGCUACAACUGCAUGCUUCUUGAAUCCCAAUGUACUCUCUACUCGCACCAUAUCUUCGUCUCAACGUUUCGCACCGUCCCUCAAGCCUAGCCAGUUAGUUUGCCGUGCCCAGAAACUGGAUGAUGACCCCAGUGAUUUGCCUAUUUCUCGCAGAUUGGCUCUCACUGUUUUAAUUGGUGCUGCUGCUAUUGGCUCCAAGGUUUCCCCUGCCGAUGCAGCCUACGGCCAAGCCGCUAACAUUUUUGGGAAGCCAAAGGAAAACACAGAUUUCUUGCCUUACGCUGGAGACGGAUUCAAGCUGUCAAUUCCCGCAAAGUGGAAUCCAAGCAAAGAAAGAGAGUAUCCUGGUCAGGUUCUGAGGUACGAGGACAAUUUCGAUUCCAACAGCAAUGUCUCCGUUAUGGUCACCCCUACUGACAAGAAAUCUAUCGCUGACUUUGGUUCCCCUGAAAACUUCCUCUCCCAGGUGGACUAUCUUCUAGGAAAACAAGCCUACUUCGGGAAAACUGAGUCAGAGGGGGGAUUUGAUGCCAAUGCUGUGGCAACUGCAAACAUACUGGAGAGAGACACCCCAGUUAUUGGUGGAAAACAGUACUAUUUCUUGUCGGUGCUGACAAGGACAGCUGACGGAGAUGAGGGCGGCAAACAUCAACUGAUCACAGCCUCAGUGUCUGAUGGGAAGCUUUACAUUUGCAAGGCUCAAGCUGGAGACAAGAGAUGGUUCAAAGGUGCAAGAAAAUUUGUGGAGAGCACAGCAAGUUCAUUCAGUCUUGCUUGAUAUGGGAUGUGGAGUAUUUGCAUGUAAUUUUACUUAUAAAUAUGAUCUUUGAUUAAGUGAGUUGCUUGAACUUUUACUCACAAAUGUCAUUGGAGUUGUGGAGAAAGCUAAUGUGGAUAAUUCAGCACUCUCUUUUGGCAUAUACAAGUCAGUCCUCAUGUUGUUUAGUUAGUUGAGCCAUUGGCUGA